GGGACCUGCGUGCACUUGUCGAUCGCAGGGAGCUCCUGGACUCACCGUCUACGAGUAAAGCAUGCACCGGGAAGAAAUAUUCAACAAGCCUUCGCAUUUGCAUGACCUAAAUUGGGUUUAUAUUUGUAAAUAAGCCGACGGGGAUAUUUUAAAACGGAAAUAAAUAAAAGAAAAGAAUACAGUAUAGGCGGGACUUCCUUCUUGCGCUGCGAGUCCGGCUGUUUAUCUUGGUGUGCGGAGCAAGGCAGGGACCGUGCUGAAUCAGAUAACAAGCUGCCUUGGUCACCCCAGACGACACUAUGCUUGGCUGCACACUGAGAGGAGGCUCCUGUCCCCUGGUCUGCCUGUGGGCCCUGCUCCUGCCUCUGGUCUCCCUCCAUAGCUUGAACCAGCAUGGACACAGGGGCCGCGAUGUCAGAGACCACCCCAAGUUGCUGCUCGUGUCUUUCGAUGGCUUCCGCUGGGAUUACGUCGACCGAGUCCCGACUCCUAACUUCCAUGCCCUGAUGGAUGAGGGGGUGAGGGUGGAGAAGGUGGAGAACACAUACAUUACCAAGACCUUCCCCAACCACUACAGUUUGGUGACGGGGCUGUACGCUGAGACACAUGGGAUUGUGGCCAAUGAAAUGUAUGACCCUGUUCUGAACCGGUCUUUUUCCAUGGAGACGGACAGUAUUUAUGAUCCGCGGUGGUGGGAUGAGGCAGUACCUCUCUGGGUGACCAAUCAGAGAGCAGGACAGAGGAGCGGUGCAGCAAUGUGGCCAGGGUCUGAUGUGGAGAUCAACGGGACAUACCCCACUAGGUAUCUUCCAUACAAUGCCUCAGUCCCAUUUGAAACCCGGGUGGAGCAGAUUAUUGAGUGGUUCUCUGCGCCCGAUGAAGAAGCGGUGGAUUUUGGAGUUCUGUACUGGGAGGAGCCGGAUGAGAGUGGCCACAACCUGGGACCUGAGAGUUCCCUCAUGGAUGUAGUCAUCGUCAACAUUGACGAGAAGCUCGGCUUCCUCAGGAACGAGCUGAGGAAGGCAGGGCUGUAUGAGAAAGUGAACCUCAUCGUCACCAGUGACCACGGGAUGACGCAGCUGUCCCCUGAUAAGAUUAUAGAGUUGGAUGUGUAUGUGAGCCGAGAUCUGUACACAUGGGUGGAUAAGAGUCCAGUGGUUGGAAUACUUCCCAAAGAAGGGCAUUUUGAGGACGUAUAUAGUAAGUUGGCGGAUGCAAACCCUCACAUGAUGGUUUACAAGAAGGUGGAAGUUCCCGAGCAUCUCCAUUACAAGCACAAUAUCCGGAUCAUGCCCAUUAUCAUUGAGGCUCAAGAAGGCUGGACUGUCAUGCAGAACAGGACGGGACGCUUCAUGUUGGGAAACCACGGCUAUAACAACAGUUUGCCCAGCAUGCACCCUGUGUUCGUGGCCCGCGGCCCAGCCUUUCGCCAGGACUACGUCAAGACCUCCAUGCGCUCUGUUGACCUUUACCCUCUCAUGUGCCACAUCUUGUCCCUUCGCCCUUUACCGAACAACGGCUCCCUCGCUAAUGUGCGGGACCUGCUGUCCCCGGAGCCCACUACCCCCACACCCAGCGUCCCAGCCAGGGUGCCCAGUUAUUCCUAUGCCCCCGCCGUGGGGUCUCUGCUCGGUGUGGUGAUGGUGCUGGGCUUUCUAGUGGUGUACAUAAGACAAGUGACUCUCAAACAGCUGCCGUCGCUACCUCUCAGAAGCAGGGAGAUGUCCCAGCCCCUACUGCAAGAAGACCUGCACCUGUAGGUGAGGAAAAAGAAAGAAUGAAUAGCGAAAAAAAAAGAAGAAGAGGAGGUAUUACUCCCUAAGCUGGUCUGCUUUGUCCAGAAGCAUCCCCAAACCCUUCCCUUACCCUGCCCAGUGCCACCACCCUGGUCAUUUUGCGAUUUGGAGAUCGGAGAGAAAAGUCUUCUGACAGUGGCUAUGUCUCCAUGUAAUUUUCUUUAGGGGAACAUCUGCAUUUAACACCGGCUUGCUCGACUUGCGGAUAAGGGAACGGUGUCCGGGGUUUGCUUCUGGUGCAGGCUUAAUCAAGAUUCUAAACCUUUACAUGAGCUUUGUAGUGGCUUUGCUUUGAUUGUGUUUUUUACCCAGUUUCAUCUCGUCAUUUUCAUCAUCACAGCAUUAGUUAAAGUUCCAAGCAGAGAGUGGAAUUUUGCCCGGUGAUAACUGGAAAAUAUGAAUGUGGGUGGGCAAAAAAAAAAAAAAAGAAAAAGAAAAAGAAAAAAAAAGCACGGCUAAGAUGGUAUUAAUAGAGUAGCUGCGACCGGAUAAAGUGUAUUUGACAUUUUCAAAUCUAUGCAAACCGGAUUUGUCAUGUCACAUAGUAAAAAUGAAGUAGGAUUUGUCGUGUUCUUGCCACUAUGUUUUCUGAGCACUGAAUCAGGAGUUGCACUGAAUUAUGAAUCUGAAAAAAAAAAAAAAAAAAAAAAAAAACUACAGCCAGUAUUCAAAGCACGCUAGUGUCAGGAAGCUUUUCAGUGGCUCGCUUGAGACAAUAAUCUUACUCUCAAAUGGUACUACUAAGCAGAUAUUCCACUUAAAAUGUGAGACUCACUCAAUGUGCCAUGCUGCUACUCUCGUGUAGGUCAUUCCACCUGCCCACCACAAUACUACCUUGCUCUUCAGUAGUCAACUACCAUUUGCCUUUUAACUUCAUGGAGAAAAUCUCUCUAAGGUGUGCAAUCGUAUGUGUGUCAGUUAGUCUAUUUAUUGUUUUGUAGUUUUUUGUGUUGGGAAGGGCAUUUUUCUGUAUAGAUGACUGUGUAUUGCCCUCCCGGUCAUAAGUUACCUGUCAUAACCAUGGCCAUUUGUUGGUGAAAUGUGAAGUGCAAUUGCUGUUGGUCAGUAUUUUGUCUUAGGGAAUAUAAGGGUUUCUUUGUUGCUUGGUGGAGAAGACAAUUUCAGCAUGACUUGUAAGAACUGUUCCCCUGAUUUGCACUAAAGGAUAGAAAUGAAACAGAAAGAAGGGGCAGUAGUUGGAUGCUUUUUAGGUCAUGUAUCAUUUGCACUCCUUGUUCGUAGAUGCUAUUUGAAACAAUAAAAAGUUAGGUGCCUCUUGCCAAAAAGCUUUUUAAUUAGCAUAAUCAUAAAAAAGUCAAGUAGAAUCCAAUCCUGUCAGUCUUAAUUAUUCUAAUAUUUUUUAAAGCUCUUUUAAGAACAAUUGGUUUGAAUUUUGUCCUUAGGCUUUUAGAUGCAUUAACUAAUACGGUUUACCUGUGCCCAAAAAAAUGACAGACAUCACUGUGAUAUACUUUUUACAAAAUUUAAAUGAAUAAAUUGAGAGCAUUUAUAUGAAAAUUGCUAAUUUUCUGAGAAUUGUCUUAUGUUUUAUGAAAGAAAAGUGUUGUCUGCUAAUUUCCCCCUGAUUUAUUGACAGAGAAAUGAAAUAUAUCCACAGUAUAUUUAGAUAAUUCAUUUGAAACUCAUUGAAAAAUAGCUGUUAGAUCUGGUUUAUCUCAGUUGAUUGUUACAUUGGACUUGGAAUAUGGAGACUAUGAUUUACAAAUUAUCUUUGCCAUGUUAAUGCAAUUAAUCAGUCUGUUCUCAAAUAAAAGGGACUUAUGUGA